ACUUUUAAUGCAUUUAUUUUAUAAUUUCAGCCACUUAACAUGAUCCUGGAUGACGGUGGCGACUUAACGAACUUGGUUCACAAGAAGUUCCCACAAUAUCUAGAGGGCAUUAAGGGUAUUUCUGAAGAAACCACUACUGGUGUACACAAUUUGUAUAAAAUGUUCCGUGAAGGUCUACUGAAGGUACCUGCCAUCAAUGUAAAUGACUCAGUCACUAAGAGCAAAUUCGAUAAUUUGUAUGGAUGUAGAGAAUCAUUGCUAGAUGGAAUUAAAAGAGCUACAGAUAUCAUGGUUGCCGGAAAAGUGUGCGUAGUCGCAGGCUAUGGUGAUGUGGGUAAAGGGUGCGCUCAAGCAUUUAAGGGAUUUGGAGGUCGAGUUAUUGUCACUGAAAUAGAUCCCAUUAAUGCCCUACAAGCGGCUAUGGAAGGAUUCCAGGUAACGACCAUGGAGGAGGCUGCUGAAGUAGGACAGAUAUUUGUCACUACUACAGGAAAUCUAGACAUCAUUUGCAAGGAACACUUCUUGAAAAUGAAGGAUGAUGCAAUUGUUUGUAAUAUUGGUCACUUCGACUGUGAAGUAGAUGUCGCUUGGCUCGAAAACAAUGCCAAGAAAGUAAACAUUAAACCACAAGUAGACCGCUACGAGCUUGACAAUGGAAACCACAUCAUUGUCUUGGCGGCUGGACGUCUUGUUAACUUAGGAUGCGCCACAGGACAUUCAUCAUUUGUUAUGUCAAACUCUUUCACCAACCAAGUUCUAGCUCAAAUCGAACUUUGGACAAGGCACAAUGCAUACCCUGUUGGAGUUCACACACUGCCUAAGAAGUUGGAUGAAGAAGUAGCUGCCUUACAUUUGGACCAUCUUGGUGUAAAACUAACUAAGCUCACACCUAAACAAGCGAAAUACAUCGGCGUCCCUGUCGAGGGACCAUACAAGCCAGACCACUACAGAUAUUAAAUUUGUAGUAUUCAACAUCACACUUUCUUGUAAGUUAUACUAUGUUUGAAUGUAAGAAUAUCUUUAAACAGGAUUACUUGAAAAUAGUAUCAGGAUAAUACAUAAGUAUCAGUAAGGCGGAAAAUAUUGUAUCUUCUGAUUAACACUGAUUUAUAUUAUGUCUACUAAUGGUUUGCGGUUCUCGAGAAAGUGAAUAAAUGUACAACAGAAAAA